UGUUGGGCCGAAGGGCCUGUUUCCACACUGUAAGUAAUCUAAUGAUGCCUGGGGAAUCCCUCUGCAAUGUCCUGAGGCCCAUUGAUGUCCCUCAGGCAUCAUUCCUUCAGUGGAUGGGGUUCAUCCCCAGCUGGACCAGGAUUUAGCAGCCACCCCCUAACUGCUCCUGAAAUCAGGGUCCUGUUUGGAAUGUGCUGUCUGAGGAUCUUCUUAAAUUCAUUCUCAGGAUCCGGGCCCAGCAUUGAUUACCCAUCCCUAAUUGCCCCCGUGAGCAGUUAAGAGUCAACCCCGUUGCUGUGGGGUCUGGAGUCACGUGUAGGCCCAGACCAGGUCAAGGAUGGAUGAAGGGAAGGUCCGCAGAAGGGGAACUGAGCAAGGGCCGAGGGAUGGAGGACGUGCCGAGCAGAGGCUGCGAGGGAGGGUAGAGGACAACGCGGAGGAUGAGAAGCCCACACCCAUGGCAGCAGCACUAGCUGAGGAUCGGCCGAGGGAGAAGGUGGCCCUGGUGGAACUGAAGGAAGAAUCGGGUUUGGAUAUCUGUGCUCAGGUGGUAGUGCCCUUCCUGCUUGCUGGGCAAGGCAUGGUACUGGCUGGCAUCGUGCUCAGUAUUGUUCAGCACUGGGCAGUAUUCCAGACUAUCACGGAGAUCUUCAUCCUAGUUCCAGCUCUGGUCGGUCUGAAAGGCAACUUGGAAAUGACCCUUGCCUCCAGGAUGUCGACAGCGGCUAAUACUGGAAAACUUGAUCAUCCCAGGGAGAGGUGGACAUUAGUGACAAGUAAUUUAGCUUUGAUUCAGGUCCAGGCCACGGUGGUUGGUUUCCUUGCUGCUGUAGCUGCAGUUAUUCUGGGAUCACUCUCCAGGGGUCACGUCGAUCUGAAUCAAGCAGCUGUCCUGUGUGCGAGUAGCACUAUCACUGCCUUCAUCGCUGCACUCUCCUUAGGUCUGGUGAUGAUUGUGGUGAUCCUGGGAUCGAGGAAGGUUGGGAUCAACCCGGAUAACGUAGCCACUCCGAUCGCAGCGAGUCUGGGUGACCUGAUCACCCUCUCGCUACUGGCUGCCAUCAGCAGUGUGCUCCUCGAUCACAUCCGUAAGACCGCACCUCAUCCGGCACCGCGUACCGUGCACCGCGUACCGUGCACCGCGUACAUUACACCGCGUACCGUGCACCGCGUACAGUACACCGCGUACCGUGCACCGCGUACCGUGCACCGCGUACAGUACACCGCGUACCGUGCACCGCGCACCGCGUACUGCACACUGCGUACCGUGCACCGCGUACCGCGCACUGCGUACCGUGUACCGCGUACCGUGCACCGCGUACAGUACACCGCGUACCAUGCACCGCGUACCGCACACUGCGUACCGCGCACCGUGCACCGCGUACCGCGCACCGCGUCCGCUCCGGGACUGACAACACAUUGCAUUACUCACCAGCUGCGGCAGCGGGAACUCCCAACUCUACCAGCUCACUACCUUCUCGGGAUCCAGGACUCAGCCCCUGAACCCUUUACUCACCCCUGUGACCCUCUCGUGACCCUGUACUCACCCCGUGACCCUCUCGUGACCCUGUACUCACCCCUGUGA